AAGGAACAGUACUCUGGAAAUUCACGUCCCUGGAGUUGCUCUAAAAUUAAUUUUCACUCUCUCUCUCACUUCAUGUACGAAGUUAGUCCACAAUGUAUUUUGGUCGGGUUAUAUUUAGUAUACAAAUAGCAUUUCUUAUUUUAGUCAAAACAACGUGGUUUGAUCAUUUUCACUCCAUCUCUGGACCUUCACCUAUGCAAAAAUCUCUCACUUAUGAGCCACACAUAUCUACAUCUUAAAUAGUUUGUCUUUAUGUUCUUUUGAGCAUACCUUGCCUUUCGCUUCAGUUAGUUGCUUAGUUCCAUAUGCUAAAAACUACCAGGAGAGAAGAGCAUAGUCCAACAAAAAGUGAAAAGCAAGACAAAGUUUCCUAGCUAUCAAGAGCGAUGGUUGAAACUGAUGGAAGGGAAGAACAACCAAACCAGUCAUCCACCAUGAAGACAACUAAAAUUUUUCGUCUCAUUACAAACUCCACUCGUUAUGCGCCUCUACUUCAUACACGGCGGAAAACGCAUCUGGCUCUCUAGUUUCCUCGAAACCGCCGGCUUCCCGGUCAUGCUCAUUCCCCUUUCCAUUUCCUAUAUACAUCAAAGAUGCAACAAAACAACCAACUCUGCAAAACCAAAGCUUAUCUCUAUGCCUACGGUGUAUCUCUUCUUCCAGUGUCCACUUUUUGUCUUAUACAGGCCUCCCACCUCUCUUUCACUGCCGUCUUCGCUUUCCUAUUGGUGAAGCAGAAGUUCACGGCUUAUUCGGUGAACUCCAUAGUUCUGUUGACCAUUGCUGCUGUGGUUUUGGCCCUACGGUCCAGUGGGGACCGUCCUCACGGUGAUUCCACGAGAAGCUAGAGAUUAUGAGCUUGGAGAAACAAAGUACUAUUAUGUGUUAGUGUGGAGUGCUAUGAUGUGGCAAUUUUUCUUCUUGGGAGCAAUAGGAGUUAUCUUCUGUGCCUCGUCAUUGUUGUCUGGGAUUAUAAUUGCCGUGUUUCUGCCUGUGAUCUUGUACAAGGAGAAUUUUGAAGCAGAGAAGGGGGUUGCUCUGGUACUUUCUCUAUGGGGCUUCGUGUCCUACUUCUAUGGAGAGAUCAAACAAGAAUGGAAGAGGAACAAAAAUCACCGCCUCAAUACAGAGCAAGUUCAGUGUCCCCCUCUCUCUCUUAUUCCAUGAUUGACAAGUCAGUCAUUGUCAUGAUUUCACCAUCUUAGGUUGCUUCUGCUUCAAUUGUCAAUAUAGCAGGUCGCCCUGGGGCCCAUGAUCUUGACUAAACAAGGAAUAUCCAUUCCCAUCUUUUCAACAAUGGCGGUCCAUUAUCAUCCUUAGAUGGUAACAUCUUUACCAUUGAAUGUACUUAGUAGUAAGAAAUUCUAGUUUAUAAUACUUCUUUGGAUAAAUACAUCUGAAUUUAAUUUGGUAUAUAUUUGAAUCAAACAAUUAAUACACAGUUCAUCCUAUAUUGAUUCAUAGAAAUACCAAAUUUCUGAAUCAACAGAAAAAGGAAAGGAUAGAGGAAUUAUAUUUUGUAAAACUUGAUUAAUUGCCAAUUAGCCUAUCAAAAGAAUGUAAUUUGUGGUUAUAUUAUUUGAAGUAUAACAAUGGAUUGAAGAAGGCAACACUUGGGAAUAGUUACAAGAUUAUCGCACCAAAUUUAAGAUAUUGAAAGAAUAAGAGAAGAAAAAAUGAUGCACAACAUGUUCUCAUCUCUGUUCUGAAUACCAUGAUGAUGGCCUAAGAAUUAAUCAGAAGGGUCCUCGUGAAAUUUUCGUAAGUAUUGAAAAAGGAACUGGCGCCAAGAAAUAGCUUCGUACAACUACAACUUUAUUUUCAGUAAUCUGA